AUGCCAGUCCCUGAAGCAUCUACAGCGCCCAAACGAACUUACGAGGAAGCACUACUCUGUGCAUCUCGCCUUGUAUCUGCGAAACCAGAAACUCGAAAUAAGGCACUGUGGAUUCUGAAUGAAAUGCAGCUUCAACCAUUUGCCUUAGUUGAUUCCAAUAAUAUCGAGCACGUCCACCAAGAAAAACGACAAAAGUAG